ACAGAGACCGCUUCUCAAGCUCAUGUUGCUGCUCCUUGGUACACAGCUGCUCUGAAUGAGUAAACUCCAUAGAAAAGAUGAAAUUUGAAGAUCUCUUACUGGAAACUGGUGGCUUUGGCAGAUUCCAGAUUUUGAUUUUGUUAAUCCUCUGCCUCCCAAGAAUCAACCUUCCCAUGCAUUUCCUGCUGCACAACUUUCUUGCUGCUACCCCCUCUCACCACUGUGCAAUUCCGCAUCAGGAAGGAUUUGUGAACCUCUCCACAGAGGAAAUUCUGCUCAUCAGCAUCCCCAGGGAGCCCGAUGGCACCUUCAGUUCUUGUGAGAUGUUCUCGCAGCCUCAGUUUCACCUGCUUCUCAAUUCCUCUCUGCAACCAGACAACGACUCCGUCACCCAGGACUGCCAGCAUGGGUGGGUCUACGACCACUCGCAGUUCACCUCCACCAUCUCCACUGAGUGGGACCUCGUGUGUGAGCAGCGUGGACUGAACCAGGCGACCGCAACCUUCUUCUUCAUUGGCGUCACGAUGGGGGCUGUGGUGUUUGGAUACCUUUCAGACAGGUUCGGCCGGAAAUCCAUCCUCAUGCUGUCACUUGUGUUCUCAGUCCUAUUUGGGAUGCUGAGUGCCUGCUCCGUCUCCUACACCAUGUUGGCUGUCACAAGAACCCUCACCGGGGUGGCCCUGAGCGGAGUGUCCCUGAUCAUCUUGCCUCUGGGGAUGGAGUGGGUGGACAUAGAGCACCGCACCUUCUCUGGGGUCCUGACCAGCAUCUUCUGGAGCGUAGGGAACAUGCUGCUGGCCUUGACAGCAUACCUGGUGAGGGAAUGGCACUGGCUCUUGGUUGCUGUGACGGGACCUUGUCUUCUGAGCAUCAUCUGCCUGUGGUGGGUCCCAGAGUCUGCACGGUGGCUCAUAGCCAACGGCAAAGUGAAACAAGCUCACAAGCAUCUGCUUAGAUGUGCAAGAAUGAAUGGAAGGAAAGACUUCACUGUCUCACCGGAGGUUCUUAGAGGAAUGACUACAGAGAAAAAGCCAAGUGAGAGCUUCUCCUACAUCAGCUUGUUCAGGACACCAGUCCUACGGAAGAUCUCUCUGUGUUCUGGGACAGUGUGGUUUGGUGUUGCCUUCUCUUAUUAUGGCAUGAGUAUGAACCUAACUGGCUUUGGGCUCAACAUGUAUUUCUCCCAGUUUGUAUUUGGCAUCAUUGAGAUUCCGGCCAAGAUACUCAUGUAUGUGCUGGUGAAUCGAAUUGGACGGCGGCACAGCCAGGCGUGGUCACUCAUCCUGACCGGACUAUGCAUAGGAGCCAAUAUCAUCAUUCCUAAGCCUUUCACUUCUCUGCGCUCUGUGAUAGCCAUUAUGGCCAAAGGUUCCUCAGAAGCUGCGUUCACCACUGUCUACUUGUACACCUCUGAGCUUUACCCUACCGUCCUGAGGCAGAACGGGAUGGGAUACACCUCCUUCAUGGCACGCCUCGGUGGGUCUUUGGCCCCACUUGUGUUCCUGCUGGAUGAUGUGUGGAGGUCUCUGCCUGAGGUGACAUACUGUGGUGUAGCGGUGUUCUGUGGCUCGGUGGCCUUCUUGCUCCCAGAGACACUCAAUGUGCGCCUGCCUGAGGGCAUUGAGGACAUCGAGAAGACACAAGUGAAAGGACCGCUACAAACCAGUGCUCCUGAGGGCUUGCCAUUACAGUCUCUUCUGAAGUGAAGGACUCCAUGGAACAGCCAUAGGCACUGUGAAGGACUGCAAAACUGAGCCGUAAUCUGGCCUGCCAAUGGAUGAGCCUUCACUCUCCUGGUCUCUCUCUGCAGGGAAGUGGGGCUGAGGAUGUAUGAGGAAGGAGGUGGAUCAUAAAACCAGCUGGAGGGAGCCAACCCUACCCUGUAGUGUGAUCAGGACCAAGAGUGCUGAGGUCUAUCAGGGUGUGGAAAUAAAAGGACUCUAUGUUUGGCUCUUCCAGUCUUGUUGGACCAGCAGCACCUUUCAGAUCACUGCACCAGAAACUAUAGUCCAUUGGUUGACAAGCCACAAGAAAUGUAAAAGAGCAAUAAAAAACCACUGAGCGUGAAUUGCACAGAAACAAAUCUUAAAUAAAUCUAGCUGGGCGGGUGAACCAUGA